AUGCUUCGGUGCCCUUACUGGCAGCAAGGCUGCAAGCAGCUCUUCAAAAAAUCAUCUGGGCGAACCAACCAUGUUAACGCAAUCCAUCUGGGUGUCCGCAAGCCUCGAUCGCCUUCUCCACCUACGCCUCUACGCUUUGGCUCCGAGCUACCAGAAGCAGGAGUGCCAUUCGAAUCGCUAGACGACGCCCAGCUCAACGCGAAUGCCGAUGCGAGUCACAAGCCUGGUGUACGCGUCGAUUAUCAUCCUCAUCUCAAUGGACGUCCAUGCGAUAAGGAGGGGAACUUCGUUGAUCCCACCACCAAGCCGCACAAACAGUUCCCUCCGAGGAAUAACACAUCGCCGUAUGAGACAGUCGGCGCAUUUCGAAUGGCGGACUUCGUCUAUCGCAAGGUCCAAAUGUCCGCAGGCGAGAUUGACGAGCUCAUGGAGAUUUCUCGCGAGGAUGGGGGAUUCUCGCAUUUCCGUGACCACGAUGAUUUGUACGACACAAUCGACGCGACAGAGACCGGCCACAUUCCGUGGCUCGCCUUCGACGUCUCUUACGAUGGACCUGAUGCAAACGAACCCGGCGCGCCAUCAUGGAAGCGAAAGUCAUAUCGAGUUUACCACCAUGAUGCCCGCAAGAUUAUGCAUCGUCAACUGGGGAAUCCCGACUUCAAAAACGAGUUAGACUACGCGCCGAAACAGGUCUACGAUGCGGAUGGAGGGCGGGUAUAUCAAGACUUUAUGUCGGGGCAGUGGGCAUGGCGGCAGGCGGACGAAUUGGCCAAAGAUCCUCAAAACCAUGGCGCUGUGAUCGUACCCGUCAUUGGGGGGAGUGACAAGACAACGACCUCGGUCGCAACGGGCCAGAACGACUUCUAUCCGCUCUAUGAGGGUAAUGGCCUGACCCCGAACACAGUGAGACGAGCCCAUCGGAAUGCGAUGUCGCUUCUGGGAUUCUUGGCUAUUCCGAAAACCGACCGCGAGCAUGACCAGAGCAAAGAGUUUCGGACGUUCCGACGGCAGUUGUUUCAUGCGUCGCUGAACCAUAUAUUCAGCUCGCUAAAGCCAGCUAUGAUAUCGCCCGAACUCGUGCUCUUCGGUGAUGGUCACUAUCGAUGGGUUAUUUACUGUCUUGGUCCGUAUAUUGCAGACUAUCCUGAGCAAGUUUUGCUGGCGUGUGUUGUCCAGGGGUGGUGUGCUCGAUGUACCGCGUCAAAUAAGAAUCUUGACGGUAUUGGUGGAAGACGAACACAGGCACAUACGGAAGCGCUUUUCGACGCUUUUGACCACAAAACACUUUGGAAUGACUACGGAAUCAUUCCGGAUGUGCUGCCAUAUACGUGGGACUUUCCACGUGCAGACAUCUAUGAACUGCUCUCACCGGACCUUCUUCACCAAGUCAUCAAGGGGACAUUUAAGGACCAUCUCGUGACAUGGGUCGGCGAAUAUCUGGAUGCUCAACAUGGCAAAGCAUAUGCAAGUAAAAUUAUGGCUGAUAUUGACCGGCGAAUCGCAGCAGUGCCACCAUUCCCUGGACUUCGUCGUUUUCCCGAGGGACGGGGAUUCAAGCAGUGGACUGGAGAUGACUCAAAGGCUCUAAUGAAGGUCUACCUGCCUGCUGUCGAGGGGUAUGUCCCUGCGCAGAUGCUUCGAGCGCUGAGCGCGUUCCUUGACUUUUGCUAUCUUGUCCGUCGCAACACUAUUACCACAAAAACGCUCGCCGAAAUCGAGGCAGCCCUGGCCCGGUAUCAUCAGGAGCGCACUAUUUUCGAGGAAAGUGGUGUUUGUCCCAAUGGAUUCUCACUUCCACGCCAGCACUCGCUUAGUCACUAUCCCUAUUUGAUCACCGAGUUUGCGGCCCCAAAUGGACUGUGCUCUUCAAUUACGGAGUCGAAACAUAUCAAGGCAGUCAAGGAGCCCUGGCGCCGGUCGAGCAAGUUCGAAGCAAUCGAGCAAAUCCUCACCAUUAAUAAUCGCCUUGACGCUCUUGCCGCAACCCGAGUCGAUUUCGAGGAACGUGGACUUCUCCGACCGACCGAUCCCGAUCCAGUUCUUCCUACCCUUAACCCCACUCGCCCUGAUCUUCUAGCAGAAGAUGAUGACGAUAAUCCAGAGAUGGAAAAUACUGUCGAGGCGACUGUUGUAUUGGCUAAGCGUCAUUUCCGAACAUAUCCCAAGGACCCGUUUCACCUUUCCGAAUUCCUUGGCUUUCCCACGCUCCCAUCCCUUAUCCGUCGUUUUCUGCAUGGCCAGACAUUUCCGGAUGACGACCUUGAUCUUGUUGAUCCCCUUUCCUAUCCAGACGUCCCGGCUCGCAUCAAAGUCUUUCCCUCAGCAAUUGCUGCAUUCCAUGCACCCAGUGAUGUCUGUAACUCGGCAGGCCUUCUCCGGGAACGUAUCCGGGCGGUGCGGUCAUGGCGUGGUGCCAAACCCCGAUUUGACUGUGUUUAUGCCUCUGGUAGCGAUGAGGAGGGCUUCCGUGGUCUGCUUGCUGCCCGGGUGCUACUUUUCAUGUCCUUCACCCACCGCCAUGUCGAAUACCCCUGCGCUCUGGUCACUUGGUUCUCACCAACAGAUGAUAUGCCUUGUCCAGAUGUGGGUAUGUGGAUGGUUCAACCUGACCUUGAUGAUGCUGGGGACCGCAUCAUGGACAUCAUCCAUCUUGACACCAUUGUGCGUGCAGCACAUCUCAUUCCAAUAUUUGGUCAAGAUCCUCUACCUACUGAUUUUCAUUUUUCUCUGUCACUUGACAGUUUCAAUGCUUAUUAUGUAAAUAAGUAUGCAGAUCAUCACUCACAUGAAAUUGCAUACUAG